AUGCAUCCCUCGAACUUCGCUCACUGGUCUCUCUCCGCAGCACGCGAUCUCACCCUCGAAGCCGCCCGCGAUGCCAGCAAUGUCCGCCGAGCCCCUACCAAGGAGCUGCCUUCGGGCCAGCUCAAGAAGCUUCUUGACAGCAGAACAGAGCGCGACGUACUGGAAGGUCUGCGCAGAGUCGUCACUAUGUCCUACCGACAGCCUCCAUCGCAAACUCUACCCUUCUUCUCUCACGUAAUCAAGAACGUCGCGUCACCGUCUCUCCAGGUCAAAAAGCUUGUCUACAUCUACCUCCUUCAACAUGCCGAACACGAACCGGAUACCGCGCUCCUCUCCAUCAAUACGAUACAGAAGUCGCUUACGGAUACGAAUCCUCAGCUUCGCGCGCUUGCUCUACGCGUCAUGUCCAGUAUAAGGGUGCCUGUCAUCAGCCAGAUUGUGAGCUUGGGCAUCAAGCGCGGUUCGGGAGAUAUGUCGGCAUAUGUGAGGAGGGCAGCAGCUCUAGCAAUACCAAAGUGCUAUAGGUUGGAUCCAAACACCGAACCGCAAUUGCUAGAAUACCUUUCCACAUUACUGGGUGAUAAACAGUACUUUGUGACUGGUGCAGCUGUAUCGUCUUUCCUGGAGCUAUGUCCGGACCGUCUGGAUCUUAUACACCCGCACUAUCGCUCACUGGUACGAAAGCUAGUCGAUAUGGACGAGUGGGGGCAGUUGGCUACAUUACGACUCAUGAUGAUAUAUGCAAGGAAGUGCUUUCCGCGUCGGACGAGGAGAGUCAAGAAGGCAGCUGGGGCCAGUACCAACAGCAAACCCAAGCAGUCGACAAAAGGCUUCUACGACUCAGAAAGCGAGUCAGACGAGGAGCAACAGGAACAGGAACAAGACAUGGAAGAGAUUGCAGUACUAGAUCCGGACCUUGAACUGCUACUGAAGGGUUGCCAAUCGCUUCUGCAAUCUCGAAAUGCGGCUGUGGUGAUAGCAGUAGCAAGAACAUACCUGUAUCUCGGCACCCCGGAGUACCUGACCCAGGCCAUUGGACCGCUAGUAUCUCUCUUGAGAUCUGCAGGUGACAUCCAGCAUAUAGCACUGUACAACAUCGUGCAGGUCUGCCUGACACAUCCGGAACCGUUUGUCAAGUACUACACCCAUUUCCUGGUCCGAUCAACAGACGCGCCACACAUCUGGCAACUCAAGUUAGAACUGCUUACUCUGAUAUUUCCUCACGCACAAUUGAGACUACAGAGUCUGAUCCUAGCCGAGCUGAGCCAUUUCUCGCAUUCUGGCAGUCUGGAUCCUGCACUGGUCAAGGAGUCAGUGCGCGCAAUUGGACGCUGUUCGCAAAGUCCUGCGACAAGCCCACAGACCUCAGCAAGAUGUCUGAAGCUAUUGCUAAAGCACAUUGGAUCCGCCGACACCCACCUGGUUGCUGAGUCGCUAGAAGUCAUCCGACAUCUGAUUCAACGAGACCCGAACGCUCACCGAACCACUGUAGUCCGGUUAGCGAAACACUUGGAUGCAGCAACAAGCCCCCAAGCACGAGCGAGCAUCAUAUGGCUGGUCGGAGAGUUUGCUGGAAUCGAUUCCGAGAACAACAUCGCCGCUGAUGUCUUACGGAUCCUUGUGAAAGGCUUCGCGGAUGAAGCCGAGCCAGCAAAGCUUCAGAUCGUACUGUUAGCAGCGAAGGUCUAUGUACAUCACUUGGCCGCAAACCCGCCUCCGGAGCUAAAAGUAGAAGAGCCCAAACCGAGCCCGUCGCUCAUGGAUGAUUUUCAGGAAGAGCAAGGCGGCUUUAGAGAUGAGCGUCUUGAGUCCACUCCACAAAAUGAGGAGCCUCAGGAGGAGAAGCCACACAUCAUCGAAGCAUUAUACAACUAUGUGCUCCUACUCGUGAGAUACGACACCUCGUACGAUCUCCGCGACCGUGCCCGCGUCUACAAGGCGCUGCUGGCAACACCAACAUCAACACAACUUGCGUCGCUCCUACUUCUCGCACCAAAACCGGUACCACACAUUCCCAGUCCAAGUGAAACAAGGAAAGGCUACGUGCUCGGCAGCGCUAGUCUCGUCAUCGGCGACGAAGGCGGUGUUGGCGGUCUACGGGGCUACGAAGAUCUACCCCGCUGGGUCAAGGAGGGUGAUGAACCAGAUCCAGCUCUACGCGACGAGGCUGUCUCAAAUUCUUCUUCAACCUACGUGUCGGCAUACGAGACUGCGAAGAACAUGUCUGCAGCAGAAAGGUUAGAUGCUGCAGCUGGUGGUAGCAGCAGGAUGACACCUGACAGCAUGCUGAGUCCACGAAGUCUGAAUGGCAUGGGUGGAGAUUCCAGUCUUGGCGCGGCGAGCAAGGCACCGCAGAAAGAGAAGACAUUGGAUGACUGGCUUGCUGAAGAAGAAGAAGAGGAGGAGAGUGGCAGUGAGGAGGAAACGGAUGAGGAAGAAGAGACAGAGGAGGAGAGCGAGUACGAAACAGAUAGUGAGGAGGAGACUGACGACGAUGAAAGAGGGAACCUCAUCAAGUAG